AUGGCGCCGAACGCGCGGGCGGGCGAUCGAGCGGGGCGACGCGCGCGCGCGACGGGGGACGCGAACGACGCGGACGAUGCCGAGAGAGAGGCGAACGAGACGCUGGACGACGAGGACGAACGAUCGGGCGUCGCGCGCGCGCGACGGGAGGCGAUGGAGACGGGAGAAGGGAGCGAUGCGGAGGCGGCGGCGGAGGCGGAAGCGGCGGCGCGGGAGACGGUGCAGGAGAAGAGGAUUCGUUUGGCCAAGGCGUACCUGGAGCGGCUGCGAGAGGAGGCGGCUGCGGAGGACACGGAUGAGGAAGAGGAGGACGGGGAGGGGAAAAAUUUGGACUCGCACGCGCGAUUGGCUGGACGUUUGAUGAUGGAGGCGCAGAAGAAGAGCGGGCAUCAAAGGGAGGCGAUCGCGGAUCGAGUGCGGGUGUCGGCGAGGGCGAGCGGAACGUGGAGAGGACACAAGCGCGCCGUCACGGGCGUGGCGCUCACGGAGGACGAUCGCACCGCGUACAGCGUCUCGAAGGAUGGAUCCAUAUUCAUGUGGGAUAUCGAGACGGAGAAGCGAACACGAUUUCCAAGAACACCGGACGUGGUGGUGGAUCCGCUGCAAGGCGGCGGCGGACCGCAGGCGCCGCCAAAGUGUGGCUCGCACGUCAUGCUGUGCUGCGCUGUGAGCGGCGAUAGGAACUUGUUCGCCACCGGCGGCGCCGAUAAGCGCGUACACGUGUGGGACACGAGGACUAUGACUCACGUGACGGCGUUUGCGGGCCACAGAGGAGCGAUCACGGGACUCGGCUUUCGCCACGGCACAGGUCAGCUCUUUUCUUGUUCGGAGGAUCGCACCGUGAAGAUUUGGUCUCUUGAUGACAUGGCGUACGUUGAUACGCUCUUUGGACAUCAGGAGCGGUGCAUUGGGUUGGAUACACAGCGUCGAGAACGACUCGUGACUGUCGGUGCGGACAGGGCGACGAGAUUUUGGAAAGUUCCCGAGGAUUCGCAGUUGGUGCUGCGACCACCCCAGGGCGGCGGUCAGGCAGAGAGCUGCGCCUUCACCGCGCACGAUCACUGGCUCACCGGGUCCCAAGAUGGGACGGUGGCCAUCUGGAAUACGCAACGAAAGCGCGCGGCGCAGUCGUGGGAAAAUGUGCACGGCUUUAGAGAUGUCGUCGCACCGAGAGGAUUCAGCGACACCGACGCCAAAACAGCCCAGGAACAACGAGAGGCCGCGCAAGUAUCUAGUGGUAUCAGCUCUAAAAACGACGGUGGCGUUGGAGAUAUGGCUAGCUGGGUCAGCGCCGUGCAUGUCGGUAAGGGAACGGAUUUCGCUGCCUCAGGCGCCGCCGACGGCGCCAUUCGAUUGUGGAAGACGUCGCACGAAGGCGAGCCACUCGUCCCUCUUGACUGCCUUCCCGCCCGCGGUUUCGUGAACGCCAUCCAAGUUGCUAGCACCGGUCGGUUUGUACUCGCAGGUAUGGGACAGGAACCGAGACUUGGGCGUUGGGGCCGAGACUCGGGUGCGAAAAAUGGUUUGGUUCUUCAUCCGCUGGAUUUAGAGAAGAUGUAG